UUCAGGUGACGUGUUGCCAUAAAAACUUCGUGAAAGUCUGAAAGAGACCCUUGUUCUGUUUUGUUCUAUUUAAAAGUUUACUUCACACUAUGUCAGGGCAAGGAGAGUUUUACUCAGAGAAUCAAGAUUUCUACCAAGGUGGAUUCUACAGUGGUGAUCCUUCACAACAAUAUGGUGGUAAUUAUGGUCCCCAAGACGCGUCCAUGCAGUACCAAGCUAGCUUUGACAACUCAGGAAUAUAUCAACCACAACAUUAUCAACCCAAUGAUUAUUCUGGUUCUAUGAAUCAAAAUUACUCCAACGUUUCUGAAAACUAUGGAGGUACAAGCUUUGAGGAUGAGCCACCAUUACUGGAAGAAUUAGGCAUCAAUUUUGAUCAUAUCUGGGAGAAAACCAAAUCGGUCUUAAAUCCAUUGAAAGAGACUGAUUCUCAUAUCAUGGAUGACACAGAUCUUGCUGGUCCAUUAGUCUUUUGUCUUGCAUUUGGGGGCCUCUUAUUACUACAAGGAAAAGUGCAUUUUGGCUACAUCUAUGGGUUUGGUGUCCUGGGAUGUGCCAGUAUGUAUGCAGUAUUGAAUUUAAUGAGUAUGACAGGUGUUUCAGCUGGAUGUGUUAUAAGUGUUCUUGGAUAUUGUCUACUGCCUGUGGUUGCAUUGUCAGGAAUAACCAGUAUUAUCAAGCUACAAGGUUUGGCUGCCAUUUUGCUAAGUGCACUAGGAAUUGGAUGGUGCAGUUUAUCUGCAUCAAAAUUCUUUGUAACUGUCUUAGCAAUGGACUCCCAACAAUUAUUGGUGGCAUACCCAUGUGCACUGCUUUAUGGAGUGUUUACUCUAUUGACAGUUUUUUAAGGAUGGUUAUUACAUAUAGAACACAAUCUAUUGCAGUAUCUUCCUGGGUGCAGUUAAACAUUUCAUUUCAGGACACAGUUGUAGUUACAUUGCAUAAUGAUCAUGUUUUCAGAAAGAAAAAUACAUUGUAGAAUGUACUAGAACAAAUAAUUUUGAGGUUUUUGACAUUUGGAUUGUUGUAUAGUAUGGAGGACCUGGAAUUAUAAUACUGAUAAAAUAAUGACCACUGUUUUUGUGCAUAUGACUUAAAUUACUAAUGCAGUGAGUUAAU